UUCAGUGUCAUUGCCACAGGUAUAGUCCAAGUCGUUUUAAGGAGCUCACUUCAGCUGUGUUACUGUAACAGGAUGACACUGUUGCAACAGUAUACCACAGAAGAGCCACUGCGCUCGUGUGUUUUGGUUUGUUUUCCAAAAGCACCGUAUCCAAGGCAACUAUUUCUAGUUGUGUUUAUUGUACUUUUCUGUAAACACGUGAGCUGAGUUGUCACAGCUGAGAUUAACGCAAUGGACAAAGACUCCGUGCUAAUUCAUAUCCUGAAGUCAAAGGGCACUCCUACGCUCCUUGGUGGAGACCUGCCUUUCAGAGUCAUAAACGACAAUAAGUACAUAUCCCCACUCUCUGCAGAAGGCGAAGUGAGAGAGGAAAACUUUCCCACCGUGGAUCAAGCCAUCCACACAGGCCUGAGUGGUGAGAACAAAACUGUUAUCCUGAUAGGCUCAGAAGGAUCAGGUAAAACCACUACUGUGGAGAAGCUCGUUGUGGACUGGGCAAAGGGUGUACAUCUACAGAACUUUGAAUAUGUCUUCCAUUUCCGUUUCAAGGACUUAAAUGCUUGUGAAGAUGCACUCUCUUUAGAAACCUUAAUCCAACGCUGUCACCACUAUUUCCCUCCUCAGUCCAUGCAUCUGGUUCUGCAGAAGCCCGAGGAUGUGCUGGUUGUUUUUGAUGGUCUGAAUGAGUGUAAGUACAGCCUGGACCCCUCUGUGCUCACCCUCUGCUCUCACCCGACCCAGGCAGUUUCAGUGGACUGUUUAGUGGCCAGUCUGCUUCACAGAUCUCUGCUGAAAGGAGCUGCAGUUGUGUUGGCCACCAGGCCAACGGCGAAUCUGAAGUUUCUUAGCGGUUCUCAGGUGAAAGUGUUAGGGUUUCUGAAGCCCCAAAGAAAAGCUUUCGUAAACUGCUUCUUUACAGAUGCUGCUGCUGCCAACAAAGCACUUAUGCACAUGGAGAGGUCUCUGGGCUUUUAUGAUUUCUGUACAUCUCCAAGAUUUUGUUGGACAGUUUGCUCUGUUUACAAGCCUCUUAUUGAUUCUGGAGGAAAACUUCCCGAGACUUUAUCUCAGCUGUUUGUAGAUAUCCUGGUUGGCUUGAUCCAGACGCUCUUGCUGAGUCAAGCAGAGGGCACAGAGCUAGUGUUGGCCCUCGGCAGGAUGGCUUCUCAUUGCUCUGUUGAGCAGCAUUUGAGCUGCACCAAAGCACAGAUGUAUUCCUUUGGCUUUCAACAGUUUCUCACCUCAGUUGAUACUUUCCUGCGAGUAGAUGGUGAAAUGGAGUCUGAUACAUGUGUGCUCUCAUUCCACUCGCAGCUGAUCCAGGAGUUCAUCCUGGCAUUGUCUUUCUUUUUGGGCAAGAUGACGUAUACGAGUGCUGAGAAGAUGCUGAAGAAGCACGAAGAUGGUACAAAGUUUCUAGAUGUUUUCCUUUCAGGGCUUUCUGAACCAACUCAGCGCAGACCACUGGAGAAGUUCCUGGGAGAUUUCAACCCUGAUCGGGUCAAAGAUUUCAAGCAGUGGUUUAAAAGCAGCUCAGAGGAAUCACUGCAGGGAUAUAAUGCAGACGAGCACUAUAGAUGCUUCCGCCUGCUUCAUCAAGCUCAAAAUGAGAGCUUGGUUAAGGAGAUCAUCAACUCCUCAGCACGAAUAGGCCUCAGCUAUGGCAGCCUGACCCUUCAAGACUGUGUACCUUGGAGUUAUGUGGUUACAUGCCUUGGUGGGACGAAAUCGUUGAAUCUGUACAAUACAAAGAAUCUAACAGAAGAGAUGGCAGAAGUCCUGGCUCCAGCUAUGAGUCUAUCACUCAAGAUAGUCUUGCAAAGAAGCUUUUUGAGUACUGGGGCUGUUCCUCAUCUCGCUUCAGCUCUCAACAGAGGAAUUACCACGGAGCUGGAUCUCUCUUACUCCCACCUUGGUGACGAAAAGUUCAAAAUCCUCUGCACUGGACUCAGAGACUGCAAGAUACAAGAAUUAUGUCUUCAAAGUUGCAAUCUGACAGAGGAAAGCUGUGAAGACCUGGUUUCUGUGCUGACCUCAGGCACCUCUCAGCUAUGCUUGUUAGUAAUGUCAUUCAAUAAGAUUGGCGACCAGGGAUUUGCAAAACUGUGCGACGCACUGCAUAGCCCUCACUGCAAACUUCAAGAACUCAAGCUUGACAGAUGUGAUCUGACUGAAGCGUCCAUGAAGGUUUUUUCUGCAGCUUUGCGUUCUGGACAAUCAGAGCUGAAAAAAGUGAUACUGGCACGAAACACGAUGGAUGACAGCGGAGUGGAGGCUUUGUGCGUAUCCCUGCAACAUCCACUCUGUAAACUACAGAGCCUCAAUCUCUAUACGUGCCAGCUGACAGGCGCAUGCUGCUCUCAUCUGAAGGAGGCCUUAAUGUCGGAGUACUGUACUCUAUCAGAGCUGGAGCUGUCAGUGAAUGAGUUGGGCCAGGAGGGGGCGCUGUUGCUCUGCCAAGCCCUGAGACGGCCUGGUUGCCCUUUAGAAAAACUUGGUUUGACACGAUGUGAGUUAACUCGACCAGUCUUUGAGGAACUGGGCUCAGUGCUGAAAAGUGGGACUUCUCAACUGAAGUCCCUGAGCGUGGGUUUAAAUAAAGUAGGAGACCAAGGGGUUAAACAUCUCUGGGAUGCUAUUGCACACCCAAGCUGCCUGUUGGAAGAGCUGGAUGUUGAAAUGACCCAGCUGACCAAUGCCUGCGUUGAAGACUUGUGCACUGCAAUAAGAGCCAGUAAGACACUGAAGAAGCUGGAAAUGAGAAACAACUCACUGACCGAUGCUUCCAUCCCAGCACUUGUCCAAGUCAUGCAGGACAGCCACGGGAUGCAGGAGAUGAACCUGAAGUACAAUGAUUUCAGCGAAGACCUUUUUGAGAUGUUGGAGAAGUGCACGAAAAUAAUAUACUGAAGAAGCUUGACUCAGAUUGCUUAAAAAUUACUUUAAGUUUUGGUUUCUAAGUAUUGUUGUUGAUUAUUAUAAAUGUUACUCAUGGAGAUUUUUGCUUGCUACAGCAGUGAGGACAGGAAGGUUGUAACGCGUACGCAUGUUUAUACGAUGAAUCCCAACAGUUCCAAAAUGUUCCUACCAUUUACUCUUCCAAUAAAAUAUAUUUAAAUUAU